CUUUCUUCUGAAGCCAUGGCGUCUUCUGAUCUGACAGACGAGCUGCUCUGCUCCAUUUGUCUGAACGUCUUUGAAGAUCCUGUAACCCUGAGAUGUGGGCACAGCUUCUGCCAGGUCUGUAUUGACCAAGUCCUGAAUACACAGGACAGAUCUGGAGUUUAUUCCUGUCCUGAGUGUAGACCUAACUUUAAUGAGCGGCCUACCCUGCAGAGGAACAUAACUCUACGUAAUGUAGCAGAACGUCUACUCCUGUCUACUAAGCCUACACAGAAAGAGGUCCCCUGGAUAUGUUGUACUUACUGCAUUUGUUCUCUUACACCAGCUGUUAAAUCCUGUCUACACUGUGAAGUUUCAUUGUGUGAUAACCACCUAAAAGCUCAUAGUACAGCAACAAAACACGUUCUUACAGAUCCCUGCACCUUUCUACAGAACAGGAAAUGUUCUGUCCAUAAGAAUAUCCUGGAAUAUUACUGUAAACAGGAUGCUGCUUGUAUCUGUGUUUAUUGCUCAGCAGAAGAGCACAGAGGACACCAGGUGGAAAAGCUGGAUGUGGCCUCUGAGAAGAAGAAGGAGAAACUGAGACAUGUUCUAUUGAAAUUGAUCACAAAGAAAGAGGAGACUGAGGAAACAGUCCAGAAUUUGGAGGAGCAUGGGAGAAAAGUUCAAGAAACAGCUGCUGGAGAAGUUAAAAGAGUCACUGCACUAUUUACAGACAUCAGGAGACGGUUGGAUGAUGUGGAAAAGAGGGUCCUCAGUGAGAUCUCCAGGCAGGAAAAGCAGGUGUCACUGUCUUAUGUGAUCCAAAAGCUGGAAAUAAAGAAGGACAAACUGGUCAGGAAGAUGAAGCAAAUUGAGAAGCUGUGUAACAUGACGGAUCCACUGACUAUCUUACAAGAACCAGAUAUGUGUGAUCCUGAGGAGGAGGAGGAAGCCGAGGAGGACAUAGAAAGACAUAAGACGCAAGAUGUAGAUGUGGCUGUAAUUACAGGGAUGUUACAUGCAGGUUUCUCUGAUAUAAUGUUAUAUCUACAGACUAUAUCAUCCAUAAAACCAAUAGAAAUGAGGUCACAACCAAAAUCUCUGCCCACACUGGCUUUACCUUUACCAAGUACAGAAUAUGGGGUAAUAGACAGGACUGAGGGUAUUGGGGGGGAGGUUAUAGCUGCAGACAAGGGAUGGAUCUAUAGGCAGGGUCCUGCAGAUAUACUACUGGAUCUAAGCACAGCUAAUAAUAAUAUCCUUAUAUCAGAUGACCUGAAAACGGCAACUUUUACACAAAAGAAGCAGAAUCGUCCAGUAACAGCAGAGAGAUUCCAGCACCAUCAGGUGUUAAGCAGCAGCAGUUUUUCCUCAGGGCGACAUUUCUGGGAUGUAGAGAUCAGUGGACCAGUAUUGUGGAUGGUGGGAAUGUGUUAUCCCAGUAUAGAUAGGAAAGGUGAUCAGUCAUACUUGGGGGACAAUGAGAAGUCCUGGUGUUUGUCUGGAGGGAAGGUAUGUAAUGAUCAUUAUUUAGUAAUAUACGAUGGUGAAGACAUCCAGUUACCUCACCAGAUCUCCAGUGAUAGAUUCCGGAUAUGUCUGGAUUAUGAGGCCGGGGAGUUGUCCUUUUUUGAGCUGUGUGCCCCCGUCAAACACUUAUAUACCAUUACUAAAACCUUCACAGAGCCCCUACAUGCUGCAUUAGGCGUAUAUGAUGGUUAUAUUAAGAUAUUAGGGGUAGCAGGAACUACGAGGAACCUGCAACACAGAAGAAAUUAACAUUUAUCAAAACUGGUGUAAAAGAAAAUUGGCUUAGUUGCCCAUAGCAACCAAUUAGAUUCCACGUGUCAUUUUCAAAAGGAGCUCUGAAAAGUGAAAUGUGGAAUCUGACUGACUUAGUUGCCCAUAGCAAACAAUUAAUAAAUCUCCCCCAGUGACUGUGGGAAAGUGGCCUUGACCUCAUUUAUCAAAACUGUCUAACAGGAUAACUGUCUUAGUUGCCCAUAGCGACCAAUCAGAGCUCACCUUAAAUUUUUGCAGGACACUUUGAGAAAUAAAAGGUGAGUUCUGUUUGGUUGUUGUUGGCCAUUAAUACAGUUGGACAGUUUUGAUAAAUGAGGCCAAAUGCAUGUGUUUUGCCGCAUUUUUAUAUUG